GUCGGGCUGGUGCAUGCCAUUCUUUACAAACCAAUAACACAAAAGAACAUCCAUUACAUUCCCCCUUAUUAUUCCCAAUUUAGAGAAAGGCCGACCACCCGCCCACUCAUUUCUUUACCUGAUCUGUUCCUUCUAACUCUUUCAAACGGCUGGCCGAGGCGGCUGAUAACUCCUCGCCACGGCCUGCCUAUCAUAAUCUCUACACUAUUGUUGUGGGAAAUUUUGAUCAUUUAUUAUUGUUAUUGUUGUGAUAGUUGUCGCUUUCUAUCAAAGACUGCUUCAUAUGGGGGAGGUUAUUACAAAAAAUCCUGAGAAACGCGUGUUGUCAUCCCCAUCAUCUUCUAGCGAAUCAGAACGCGAAGAGUUGCAACUUUUGGAGGAUGCACCACCUUUUUGGAAGAAUAACAGAAAGAGGUUAUCGAAGCAACUUUCUAUGUGUGAGACACCACGUGAUAUUGCAUGGGAGAAACGACGUCGCCAAAUUCUCCUCCAAGAAAGAAGGAAACAAGGGAUUCAUAUACCUGACAACUUGACCGAUGAGGACCUCAAUGAGCUCAAAGGCUGCAUAGAACUAGGGUUUGGAUUCAAUGAAGAAGAAGGCCAGAGGCUAUGUAGCACGCUGCCAGCGUUAGAUCUUUAUUUCGCGGUGAAUCGUCAAUAUUCAACGAGUCCAAUCUCGAGCCCCGGUAGCAAAGGUUCAUUGCCAUCUCCCGCAUCUUCCAGCACGUCGGCGACGUCUCUUGGAGGUAGGUCCUCGUCAUUUGGAAGCCCUAGGAGCGACUCUUCAGAUGCAUGGAAGAUAUUCAGCCCAGGAGAUGACCCGCAACAGGUUAAGACAAAACUGAGGCAUUGGGCACAAGCAGUGGCAUGUUCUGUAAUGCAGUCCCAUUGAAGGGGUGGAGAUGGAUUGUACAGAAAAUAAAAGAUAGUGAAACCUAGACUUAUUUUAAGAAAGGAAGAGAAGCUUUUUCCUCAUGAAUUUGCAAGGACUAUAUUUAUAAAUGGAACAAAGCCUUUCCAGAUUGUUAAUCAUAAGGCAAGGAGUGUGGAGUACGUAGUUUCAUUGGUUUGGAGAGAGAUAACUUUUAAUGUAUUCUAUGUAAAGGACACAUUCAAAAACCUCAAAGUUAUCUA